AGCUAGUGACAUUGGCAGAAGAAGAUUAGGCUGCGGGGAGAACUUGGCCUCAGUGCUGGACCAGAUGAACACAACUUAAACCUGUAGGGUACAAGCCGUUUUAUACAUUUACCAAUAUUGCAGAAAAAUGUCAGAACGCAGAGAACGAAGGCAAAAAAGAGGAAGAAGAGAAAAAAUAAAAUAUUUGGUUACUGCGGAUCUGUCUCAACCAGAGAAAAACUCCCAGGCCAAUAAAAAGAAAGGAACUAAGAAGAAGUUGAAGGUCAAGCGUACUCCCGAUGAAAAUAAUCCUUCUGCAUCCACAGUGCGACCCCUUGUUAAGCCUCCUUGUGCCCCUGCCCAAAGUGUACCCUCUAGACGUGGCAAUGCAGAUUGGUGUAAAUGUGGCAAAUGUGUUGCUAUGCCAACGGAAAUGGAGUCAGUGUGUUGUAAAGAGAUCCCUAAAUGCAAUGAUCUGAUCCUGGAAGCGACGUCCUGCAUUGCCGAUAAUAGUCGAUUUCACGUCCUGUGUCUGAGCGCUUGUGGAGCAAGUGUUCCACACACAAUUCUGGGAGACACUGAAAAUAUGCGAGAGCGUGCAUAUUAUAACAGGCAUCUACGGCAGAGUGCGUAUUGUGUAUUUACAAAAUGGGUGCACAGAUUUUUGGGUGCAAGAAAAAGAAGGCCCAUUCCGUCUUGUGUUGUAAACUGCAUACGAAAUGCCUACCCUGACCCACCAGGAAUGUACACUGGUUUCACCUUGGCACAGCCCAUCAAUAACAGUUAAAUUGUGUUUAUCCUGGAUAUGCUUUUUGUUAAUUAUUUUGUUAUGGUUAUUGUGUUUUUUUUUUUUAUGUUAACUGUUGAUAGAAAAAAAGAAAGGAAGUUACCUAAGGGGGAGUUUGAUAAAGUACAAAAUAUAUUUUGGUAGUUUGUAAUUAGAGUUUAUUUGCUGAACAGCAAGUUAUGGUAAAAUAAUAAGGAACUGCAAAAUCUUGACCACAAUAUUUGUGACAUUUCUCCUGCUUAGCUACUCACCAGCUCCGAUACCUUAGCCUAAAUCUUUCGAUUAUUUUGCCAGUUCACCACAAUUCAUCCUACAAAUAGUUGUUCACUAAAACACAGUUUUGUUUUUUUUUAUUUUAUUUUUAAUGAUUUUUGGAGCGCACAUACUACAUUUAAAAUCUAAUAUAUCUAUUCGCUUAAAGUCGCUUACUUGUAUGUAGCUGCCCAUUUUACUAUUCAUAUUGGGUACCAUUUUUUCUUAUAUUCACUAAAACAUGCAUUGCCGUGAAUUUCAACUUUUAGGCCACCACAACAGACGAAUUAGAAAAACAAGUUGACUGAUUUAAUGUUGGUUGCUGUGACUUUAAAUUUUGAAUUUCAGUUCACUUUUUAGUCCCAACAAUUCACACUUUAUUGAAUAACCUUGUUUUGUGUGAGUUCAAUGGCGAUGUUUAGGGUCAAGUUGAGAAAUAAACACAACAAAUAAAUCAUGUAGCAAUGCUGGGCAACAGAUGGCUACAGUGGACGCCAUGCUUCUUCAGUUCCAUAAGUAGCAACUUCGAAAUGUUGGUCAAAAUGGAUGUCUGAGUGCAAUAGGAUAUGGCUGUGUAUAGUGGCUAAUUGCAAAGUAUCAUGGGAAGCAUAUUCCCUGGCAGCUUUGGUGUCAGAUUUGUGAUCACUGUCUUAGAGUAUUCCUAGUGACACAGAUCUCACAUGCAACAUAUGUUGUUUUUUCUGGUGACUGCCCUACAGGAGAGACAUUUAUUGGCAGGUACAUUUCCUAUUAUAUUAGACAGUAAAGCCCAAGAUGGAGGAAAUAUCAGGAUGCUUAAGAUCAAAUCUAUUAACUGAUGGAUAUAUGUAUGUGGCUUUGCCUAUUACAUUCAGUCUAUAU